AUUUAAUCAGGGCAUAUUAAUGUUGUAUGUCAAUGCUUCUUUGGACAUGCGAAACAAGGAAAUAUACAUGCUGAUAGUCGUUUGAAGACUAACAGCAAGUUUAGCUAACUAAUGUUAGCUAGCAGCUAAGCUUGAGUUGCAUUCCAUAGAUAGCUAGCUAGCUGUCGUAUUUAGAGCGCAACUCAAGAGUACGAUCUUUGCUUGCAAGUUGCAUGAACAACAAAUAGUCUCGAAAACCCGACCCUGUUGCCUAGGGUCGGUUUUCGAGUCUAAAAAACGAACGACUCACUUACGCCCUUAAAUGCACAAGGGUCAAAGAAAAAUAUUUACCCUUUGACUAGCCAGAGAGGUCUGCGCAUGUCAGCAACGUUUCCAAGAUGUUACAGCAAGCAAGAUCUCCAGUUAAACCUGAUGAUUGUACGUCAGUUCAGCAGCAGAGGCGUCACCUCUCAUCUGUGUGCCCGAUUUAAAGAGACCCAGACAAGACAGGUCAUGGCCAGACCCAGCUCAGACCUAGCAGCGUUCCGAGAGGUGUUCUCGAAAGCCAAACACGUGGCCAUCUUGACGGGAGCAGGGGUUAGUGCUGAGAGUGGGGUUCCAACCUUCAGAGGAGAAGGAGGCUUCUGGAGGAAAUGGCAAGCCCAGGACCUGGCCACCCCUGGUGCGUUCAGUCAGAACCCGUCCAGGGUAUGGGAGUUCUACCACUACCGCAGGGAGGUGAUGCUGACGAAGAGCCCCAACUCGGCUCAUGUGGCCAUAGCAGAGUGUGAGGCCAGGCUGCAGAAACAGGGGCGCCGCGUCACCGUCAUCACACAGAACAUCGAUGAGCUACAUCGCCGAGCCGGAUCCACCAACAUCUUGGAGAUACACGGCAGUUUGUUUAAAACCCGCUGUAUGAGCUGUGGUCAUGUUGGGGUUAACCACAAGAGCCCCAUCUGUGCUGCCCUGGAGGGCAAAGGUGCUCCAGACCCCAACACCAGUGAUGCUCAGAUCCCUCCUCAAGACUUACCCAGGUGUGAGCAGGGUGGCUGUAGUGGUCUGCUCAGGCCUAAUGUGGUCUGGUUCGGGGAGACUCUGGACUCAGACAUCCUGACUCGCGUUGAAGAGGAACUAGACCUCUGUGACCUCUGCCUAGUGGUAGGUACGUCCUCCAUAGUGUACCCAGCAGCCAUGUUUGCUCCCCAGGUGGCGGCUAGAGGAAUACCUGUAGCUGAAUUUAACAUGGAGGAAACACCCGCCACCAUGCGCUUCAGGUUCCACUUCCAGGGCCCCUGUGGGACCACCCUGCCCCCUGCACUGGCACGCCACAACAAUGAGCCCUGACUUCCCCUGGCCGAGCCAUAGUGCAGUCUACACAGACUAGACUCUAGUGCUGGAUGGGUGUGCAUUCAUUAGGGCAAAACAUUUAGCAACAGUUGGACAAUUUAGCUUCUAAUUGGUCAAUUUCAGGUUAGUCACUCUUCGUUUCAGCCAUCUGCUUCUGUUUGGUUCCUAAAGAAUACACCCCCGUUUUGUGAAUGUAAUGUAUGCUAUAGAAAACACACUGUGCUGACAAUACCCCACACUCCCUAGGCUACCACUCUGGAUUUGUGUUAUUGCAUGAAAUGACAACCAUGUUAAGGAAAAUAAAUCAGAAUUAUGACAUGUAGUCCGGUAUCUCAAGCACAAUGAUUCCUUUUCCCUUUGCGUAGGCAUCUUCAUCCAAUAUCAAUGCAUUAUAUCAUGGUGGUCGUUGCAUGUCAGAUGGUGGUAUUUUUUAUCAUAUGUAUAGAUUAUAUAUCAAAUGUGGAAGGUUCAUAUCCGACCAUUGUACAUGCUUUUUAAAUCAGGUGUGUGUGUGUGUGUGUGUGUGUGUGUGUGUCUGGCAGUAGAGGGCAGUGUUUAGCUACAUUUGUUAUUGUCUUUGUCUACAGAUUCACUCCUACCUGCUGCAUCUUAUUGCCUGUUCAUCGUAAAAGAGAAUGUGUUCUCAAUAACCUACCUGAUAAUACAUGAACUCUUAUGGUCAGUUUGAGUGGUUCUGAGGCCUGGUCGUACUUUACUUCUGACUAUUAUAUGAUUGUUCAUUGAUGUGUCUGUGCCUUCAGGAUGACUGGGUCAGGGUUGGAGUAAGGGUUAUGACAGCAACUCACUCAUUUCUAGUGAUGCUGUGUGUCAGUCUGUGUGUGUUAUUGCAGAGGAUCAUGUUUAUGUUAUCUAAUUUUAUUAGACUGUGUUUUAAGAAUGAAGGGAAAUUCAUUGAUGGAACAGAAAUACCAAAUACUGUUGCUCUUUUAAA